AUGAAGACCUCAACCCAACAACUCUUGUCCCUUCUCCUCCUUCCUCUCUCCACCCUCGCCGCCCCAACAGGGUCCAUCGAAGCCAGAGCAUGUACAGCCGUAACCGUCAUCUUUGCUCGCGGAACAACUGAGAUUGGAACUCUCGGUACUGUAGUCGGACCACCCUUCCUCCAAGCCCUGCAAUCUUCUCUCGGUUCAUCUGCAGUCUCUAUGACCGGCGUCGAUUAUCCAGCUGAUAUACCCGGAUUCUUGGAGGGUGGUGAUUCUGCUGGUAGUCAGACUAUGGCCAAAAUGGUCACAUCGGCUCUAUCCAGCUGUCCAGAAACCAAAAUCGUCAUGUCCGGUUACUCUCAAGGAGGCCAACUCGUGCACAACGCCGCCAAACUUCUCCCAGCAGCCACCAUGUCGAAAGUCAGCUCUGCCGUUAUCUUCGGCGAUCCAGAUAACGGAAAAGCAGUUCAAGGCCUCUCAUCCGCUAAAACAGAUAUCAUCUGUCACAUGGGGGACGAUAUCUGUCUAGGUGGCGAUAUGAUCUUAUAUGCACAUCUAACAUACGGAAUGGAUGUGACGGCCGCAGCGGCUUUUGUGAAGAAAGCUGCGGGUUUGUAA